CGCCCAUGAAAGAGAUCGAGGUGUCCGUCAGUCGAACUUGUACGCCAUUUUUGUGGUGUGUAAACUUCUAUUGAACUUAAAAGAAGAAAAAAAAGAAGCAAUUGUGUGCUGCUUAGCGCACAGCUAUUCUGACGUAUUGCACGUCUGUGACAAGUUCCACGUAAUGAAUCAGUCGCGAAAUUUUACAUCAUUGUUAAAUCCAAGUUAUUUGCAAAACGCGCAGCAAAAUGCUGCGACUGCAAACGCGGCUGCCGCUGCAGCUGCUGCAGCUGCCGCGGUAAGUGCCGCGAUUGCAAAUGGAACGCAGCUUAACUUCAAUUCGAAUUCUCCGACGAAUAACACCAGAAAACGCGAAGCGGAAAAUGAUAGUAAGCAAGAGAAAGAGACAAAAGAGGAACGUAGGAAGAGGAGGAGAACUAGAUGGGGCGGUAGUGAACAUGACAAAACUUUUAUACCAGGCAUGCCUACGGUUCUACCAACUAACCUGACUCCUGAACAGGAGAAGGCUUAUCUCUUUCAGCUGCAGAUUGAGGAAAUCAGCAGGAAGCUACGUACCGGAGAUCUUGGAAUUCCACUUAAUCCUGAGGAAAGAUCUCCAUCUCCUGAACCCAUAUACAGUAGUGAUGGUAAACGGUUGAAUACAAGAGAAUAUCGUACUAGACGUAAAUUGGAAGAAGAACGUCAUAAUCUUAUUCAGAAGAUUCUCAAAAUUAAUCCAGAAUUUAAGCCCCCACCAGAUUAUAAACCACCAAUAAUACGAGUUCAUGAUAAAGUCAUGAUACCACAAGAAGAACAUCCAGAUAUUAAUUUUGUUGGUCUCCUUAUUGGUCCACGUGGGAACACAUUAAAAUCGAUGGAAAAGGAAACUGGAGCAAAGAUUAUAAUCCGCGGUAAGGGUUCUGUAAAAGAGGGAAAAGUUGGGAGGAAAGAUGGUCAACCGUUACCUGGUGAGGAUGAACCUUUACACGCGUAUAUUACAGCUAACAAUUUAGAUGCUGUAAAGAAAGCUGUUGAAAGAAUACAUGAAAUCAUUCGACAAGGAGUAGAAGUACCAGAAGGACAAAAUGAUUUACGACGCAAUCAACUUAGAGAACUAGCUUUGUUAAAUGGAACAUUGCGCGAAAAUGACGGACCACGUUGUACUAAUUGUGGCGCGUCUGAUCACAAAUCAUGGCUGUGUCCAGACAAACCGAAUGUAACAAACAAUAUAGUAUGCUCAAGCUGUGGAGGAGCAGGGCACAUUGCACGUGAUUGUAGAUCUAAAAGACCUGGCCAAGGCGGGCCAGCUGCUGCAGGAAUGGGAGGAAUGGGACCAGGUGGAGAUAAAGCUAAAAUAGACGAAGAAUACAUGUCCCUUAUGGCAGAAUUAGGCGAAGGUCCACCACCAGAUCGAUCUAAAAGCGGGCAACCACGUCAACCAAAUCCUAAUCCUAACUAUCCUGGUCUCUUCGAUAGGCAACAAGCACCUCGUGCGUUAAUGGCAGCACCAGCCCAUCCACCGCCCCAAAUGAUGCAAGGUGGUCCAAUGAUGCCUCCGCCAGGAAUGGCUCCGCCUCCAUGGAGUCAAGGCGAAGUAAAUAACAUGAACGGUAUGAAUAUGCAAUGGCAACCUCCAGUUAGUAUGCCUCCUCCACCCGGUGUAAUGCAACCACCUCCGCCGCCACCUGGUUCGACGACUCAGCCAAAUAUUCCACCAUUAAUGCCUUGGAUGGCUGGAAACAAUCAACCACCACCACCCGGACAAAUGCCACCAGCACAAAUUCCACCGCCUGGAAUGGGAAUUCCACCGUGGCAGCAGGGACAACAAGGACCGAUGCGCCCACCUCCACCUGGAACAGCUCCACCACCAGGAUUUCCAGGAUGGCAGCCGCAACAAAUGGGUGGAUGGCCACCAGCGGCUCCUGUUCCACCUCCUCCACAACAACAAACACCAGCGCCACCUGGCAUUGAUCUCAAUACUUUGCCGACACUAUUGGCACAACCACCUCCACCACCUCCUCCAACUAGUUAGUGUAAAAAAUCGUCAGAUCAUUUAAUCAAAGCUUCUUUGUUCGUACAAUAGAGGAUUAUCGUCGAUCGUGUCAGUACAUGGAUUACAAUAUCAGACUGAAAACAGUUGUAACUGUUACUAGUUCAAAUGAUCCAAGAUCUUAAUUAACCUUUCCUUCUAUAAGGUUUUCUUUCUCUGUGGAAAAAAGGAUGCGGUCAAGGAUAUACAUAUUUCUCGGUCCACUUUGUGGAUCAUGCAAUGUUCAUGAAAGAACAGCUUUAGGUUGGCAAUAUAUUGUGAGAACAUCAGAGUACUCGGUAAAAGAAAAAUUAAUUUUGGUUACCAUUAGCUCCUGAUUAAUUGUAUGUACCUAAAGCUUUCUUACAAUUGUAAAUGUAAGUGAUAUGCCAAACACAUUUUUUAUAAUAUUACUUCGAGCACGAUUAUUUUUACUUACAUGUUUCUUCGAACAUAAAAUCAUACAUUAUGACUAGAAUAUAGUUUACUUGUAUUUUCUGAGUAGUAUGCAUAAUGUUAUGUAUACUAGUAGUGCAUUUGUUGCUCUGUACAAGUAUCGUAAUCAAUUUCUUGCUUCUAUAUAGUAUCUAUUGUGGAUAUUAUAUAAUAAGUGUUUAAAAUGAUUUAUGAAAUUGUAUAUACAAGUUCCUACAACAUUUAAAACUCCAGUAAGUUUUCUUGUAUGUUAAUUUGUUAUGAACAUUUUCCAUAACUUCAAUCGAUAUAAUAAUGUACGAUAAGUUUUAAUAUAUCAUAAAAUAUGAGUCUUUACUUGUACAAGCAAUGAGCUGGCAGAUUACAUUAGAUAAUUUACAUAUUACGUUUGCGAAAAUAUUUCUGUUCGUUUGUAAGAACAGCAUACGUAUGGAUCAUUGAAACAUAAUGUCGUGAACGUCCAAGCGCAAUAAUUUCGGUCAGUCAUUCACUAGCGGGAAUAAAAUGAUUCGUUGAAAAUUCAAAUUAUAAAUUCCACUUUAUAUGAAACAAUAUUAAUAUUGUGUGUUAUGUGUAGGAUAUGAAUAAAUAGUUUGUGGAACUUUGUAAUAGCUUAAUGUGUAUAUUAGCUACACAAUAAAGGUAUAUCAUAUACAAGCAAACACAUUUUUAUUUCUUUAAAUAAAUUUUUAUAUAAAUCUCUAUACUUUACCUUACCUACAAUGUGAUUAUUUCGUUAGUAGAUUCCAAAGGAAAUGCCGCCAAUGUUUCACUAAAAGCGGGUAUAAAAUAUAAAUUUUCGAAUUUUAUUUGUUUUGAUUUACUUUCGAAUUACAAUACUAUAUACAGAUAAACUAUUUAAUAAUUAUUAUAUGCCAAUAAAAUUCUUUACAUUUUUAUUUCAUUUAAAAAAAAUUAUUAGAGGAACUGCCGUAAUUGCGCAACGAGAAACAAUAUCUCUUCCUCAUUGAAAUUAUCCUCCUAUUUCGAGAACCAUACAAAUACGUUACUUGAAAAAAUCGUUACGUAGAUGAUAAAAUUAAAUGUUUUGUAUCAUUCUGUUAUCGAUUUUUACUUAUAAAUUCGUCUGAAAACUCGUUUUGUAUUGUACAUUUAUCAAAGAAAGAACCUUUUCCAGUUCUAAGUCAUUUCAAUGUCAUUCUAAUCUUAACAAUAAUAUUUGUAAUUUAUAUGUAUUGUUUGGUAAUAAAAGACAGAUUAAUGAGAUCAAAAGUCAAAUUUGAAAAAAAAAAA